AUGCCGCACCAAAAGGUGUGCUCGGACAAGCCGCAAUGGGGCAACAUGACCUGGUUUGAGCUCCCAAUUUCGCAGCGAAAGGUGUGCAUCGAGAUUCAGCAACGGGGCAAGUCCUUGAGGCCAACGCCAAUCGCAAUCGUUUCGCAGUUCCAGUUGGGGCGAAGUUCGGUCUUCCUCUUCGUCAUCGAUCGGCGGCGAGAGGCGGCGAGUGGCGAGGCAGGGAUCUCGGCAACGUUGGAGAGCGGGCGCACGAUGUCGUGGGCGACGCCCGUCCGCAGCCACGUCGUGGUGACGAUGAUGGCGAGGAGCAUCACGGCCGAGCUUCUGUCCCAGGGCCUCUCCAGGACCGACGUUGGAAACAUCGACACCGCCUUCUUGGCAGCUUACGCGGGCGCACAGCUCGUCGUCGGGCCCUACGGUGACCGGCUUGGCGUGCGCUGCAUGCUGAGCACGCUGAUGGCCGCGACGGCGGCGGCGGCCUUUGCCUUCGCGUGUGUGCCGGUACGUGCCAUGCCGCUGGCUGGGCUGUGGCUGCUGAAUGGCGCGUUACAGUCGGCAGCCUUUCCGCUCUGCAUGAAGGCGCUCAGCCCGAUCUUUGGCCCGAGCGAGCGUGGCUCGGCCCUUGGCUGGUGGUCAACGUGUCAGAGCAUCGGCGGCGUGGCCGGCUCGGCGGUCGCCGCCGCGCUGCUGUCGUGCGGCCACGGUUGGCGCGCCGCAGUUGGCGCACCCGCACUAGCGGUCGGCGUCGCGGCCGGCCUCGUCGCCCUGGCGCUACCGGAGAGCGCAGCGCCCGCGCGGGACUGGCACAGUGAGCCCUCGGCGCGUCCCGCCUCACCCGACGCGACGCCGCGGCUGCUCACGGUCGCUGCCACCCACCCGCAUCUGCUGCUGCUCGGCGGCGCAUACGGCCUCGUCAAGCUCGUGCGGUACGUCGCGCUCCUCUGGUUGCCCCUCUACCUGCACGAGGAGCAGGCCCUAUCUCCCGCGGCGGCCGGCUUCCUCUCGACCGCCUUCGACGCGGGAGGCGCCCUCGGAGGCGGGCUGUGGGGCAUGGCGGCGGACCACCGCUCGCUGCGCGGCAGGCGAAGAGACCGCCGCCUCGCGCCACGGCGUCCUACCCGCCGCGAAGAGACCGCCCCGCCCUCGCCUGACAGGCGCGUCCACCUCUCUCUGCCUCUCUGCCUGCUCGCCGGCGCGGCUGCUGCACUCGGCGGCACGUGCAGCGACGAGGGCGAGCGCGGGGCCGGCCGGCAGCUGCUGGGCGCCGCCGCGGAUGGCGGCGGCGGCUACACGGGCCGUAGUGCGACGCUGCUAGCUCUGUUUGCGUCUGGGUUUGGCUUCGUGCUGGCCGGCCCAGAGACGUCUCUCUGCGGCGCGGCGGUCAGCGACCUCGUGGCGGCCCACCCGGACACGCAGGGCGACGUCUCGGCGACAGCCUUCUCACUCGUCAACGGCAUCGGCGCCUUUGGCCCGCUCGUGCAGGGCUCCGUCGCCGUCAUCGUCGUCGGCGCGUGGGGGUGGGGCGGCCUCUUUUGGGUGCUGGCUGGCCUGUGCAUUCUCUCCGCGGCGAUGCUCCUCCCCGUCGCACGCGAAGAGGCUCGCCGCGGCGGCGGCGCGGGCUUGGGCUACCAGGCAGUCGAGGAGCGCAGCGGCAAGCUGUCGCGCUCGCGACCGUCCUCGCCCGGUGCAUCGUCGACAUCGUCCGAGCUACCGUCGCGCGGCGACGAGAGCAGGCUCACACUGCGGGACCGGGAGCCGCUGCUCUCGGCCGGUGUCGCCGAUGCCACAUGA